GCGAUUUUUAAAUAGAAAUGACUUACUUAUCCUAUCAUUAACAUGUAUUAAAUUUUCAAGUGUUGUGCUUUAAAACUUCGUCAGUUAACUUUUUUUUUACAAGAAAAUUUUUGCAUUUUUUUUUUAUAAAUGGUAGUAAAUACGAUGCCUGAACCAAUUUUUCCGAGAAAAUUUAAAAAAGAACAAUUAAUCGGGGUUAUUGAUGCGGGUACCAAAACAACUCAAUUUGUUGUGUUUAAAAGUCAACAUAGUUUAGAAUUAGUCAGCCACCAAAUUGAUAUUGGCCAGAAAAUACCUCAAGAAGGAUGGUUAGAACAAGAUCCAUUAGAAAUUAUUUCAGCUAUUAAAAUAUGUGUUGAAAAUAUUAAAGAUAAAUUACAUAGCUUAGGAUAUGAAAUAUCCGAUAUAGUCACCUUAGGAAUUACAAAUCAACGAGAAACGACCAUUGUUUGGGAUAAAAUUACUGGAGAACCUCUUUAUAAUGCAAUUGUUUGGAAUGAUAUACGAACAGAUAAAACAGUGGAUCAUAUAUUAGCUAAAUUACCAGAUAAUAAUAAGAAUCAUUUAAAACCAAUAUGCGGUUUACCAGUUUCGCCAUAUUUUAGUGCUUUAAAAUUACGAUGGCUUAAAGAUAAUGUACCUGCUGUAAAAAAAAGCUGUCGAGAAAAACGAUGUUUAUUCGGAACAGUAGAUACAUGGAUUGUUUGGAAUUUAACUGGUGGAAUAAAUGGAGGAAUCCAUGUUACAGACGUCACAAAUGCAUCUCGGACAAUGCUUAUGAAUAUUGAUACAUUAAAUUGGGAUCCAUUACUAUGUCGAACAUUUGAGAUACGGCCAGAAAUGUUACCAGAAAUACGUAGUAGUUCUGAAAUUUAUGGUUAUGUAAAAAAAUUUUCAUCUUUAGGUGGUAUACCAAUUUCUGGGAUUUUAGGUAAUCAACAAGCUGCUUUAGUUGGGCAAAGAUGUUUAAAACAAGGUCAAGCUAAAAAUACAUACAGAAGCGGUUGUUUUUUGCUAUACAAUACUGGCGUAACCAAAGUACAAUCUUCUCAUGGCUUAGUAACGACAAUUGCGUAUAAAAUGGGGAAAGAAGCAGCGCCUGUGUAUGCAUUAGAAGGUUCUGUAGCUGUAGCCGGAGCAGCUAUUAAAUGGUUACGUGAUAAUUUAGGUUUAAUUUCUGAUGUUAAUCGCGAUACGGAGACAUUAGCACAAGAAGUUUUCUCAACGGGGGAUGUAUACUUUGUUCCAGCUUUUAAGGGUUUAUACGCUCCAUAUUGGAGGAAGGAUGCUCGAGGAAUUAUUUGUGGUUUAACAGCAUUCACAACGAAAGGUCAUAUUAUACGGGCAGCUUUAGAAAGUGUAUGCUUUCAAACGAGAGAUAUUAUGGAAGCAAUGAAUAAAGAUUGUGGUUUUCCAUUAACAAAGCUUCAUGUUGACGGAAAAAUGACUCAAAAUAAUUUAUUAAUGCAACUACAAGCAGAUAUUAGCGGAAUACCUGUUUUUAGAGCACAAACGCCAGAUGUUACAGCAUUAGGUGUUGCAAUGGCAGCAGGUCAGGCUGAUGGUAUACAAAUUUGGGAUAUUUACGAGCAACCGGAUAGUGUUCCUACCGAUACUUUCUUACCGACAACCACAGAUGAUGAACGUGAUGCAAGGUACAAUAAAUGGAAAAUGGCUGUACAUCGUUCGCUAGGAUGGGCACAAACUAAAAAAUCAAUUGCAAUGACAGAUGAGCGGUAUAGACUUCUUUCAAGUUUACCAGCCAGUUGGUUUUUGAUAAGUAGUUUUGGAUUAUUGGCGUUAUCCAAUUAUUUAGGAAGGUAACACACAAAAACGAGACCAAAUGAAGAUGAUCAAAGAUAUGUGUACUUAUCAGGUUAAAAAAAUACGUUUAAUAUUUUUUAAAUUAAUUUUAGAUUUUUUUGUUUUGU